AUCUCCUUCUACUACCUAUAUAUAGAUAUAUAUAUAUAAAAGCUGUGACCUGGUUUCCUUCAGGAGCAACAGUUCAUUGGAAGAGAGAGACUUCUAAGUCACAAUGAAUACAAUGCUACGUGUCCUCCUUGCUUUGGCUAUCUUUGUGACAUUAUGUGAUGCUCAGUGCUCUUUUUUGCCCUUGGAUAAUAAAUCACACGGUUGCAAGGAUUUCAAUGGCAAAAUCCAUGACUUCAAUAGUAAAUGGAAAGAUGGUUGUCACAAAUGUAGCUGUACUUCAAAAGGAACAAAUUGCUGCAGCAUGAUAAAAACUCCUGUGGGAUAUAACCAAAUCAAGUGCCAGAAAAUUUUCCAUAAGGAGUCCUGUAGUUACCACGUUGUAGAGAAAGCCAAUCCCUCAAAAGCCUGUGAAGUCAAAGCUUAUAUGAAAUAACAGCUCUGCCUUCUUCCCACAAAGUUUCUACCAAAGUCAUUGCAUCCCAGUGGAACUCAUUCACUCUUGAAUCAAUGGUUCUUUCCUUGGAAUUCAGACCUCAGAUCUUCAUUUUAUUGAAAGCAUUGUGAUUUAAGUAAGUAACAUGCUGAUUUAAAUGACAAAAUGCCAGUUCUAUUUAAAUGAUAAGGUACCAGUUCUCUGGCCUCUGAGAUCUUCAUGCCUCUUGUAACCUGCUGUCUAAUGAAUACUCCAAGAAAAUAUAUUGUCCUAUAGCAUGAAA